AUGAUCUUCCCUCCUGCUUUGAGAGUUCAGGGCGACUGUGACCCUGAAGCACCAGUGACCGAGGGCACCUGCUGCUGCCGCCAGGAGAUGUACAUUGACCUGCAGGGGAUGAAGUGGGCUGAAAACUGGCCGAGGGGAGCCGGGGAGUCGGAGAGACCGCGCGCCUGCAGCCGCCGAAGCCUGCGAGCCGAGACCGACUUACACCGGAGGAUCGAUAAGUUCCGUUUCACCCCACCUUUGGAGGACAGCUGCUUCCACUAUGGCUUCAACUCCAACUACCUGAAGAAAGUCAUCUCCUACUGGCGGAAUGAAUUCGACUGGAAGAAGCAGGUGGAGAUUCUCAAUAGAUACCCUCACUUCAAGACUAAGAUUGAAGGGCUGGACAUCCACUUCAUCCAUGUGAAGCCCCCCCAGCUGCCCGCAGGCCGUACCCCGAAGCCCUUGCUGAUGGUGCAUGGCUGGCCUGGCUCUUUCUACGAGUUUUAUAAGAUCAUCCCACUCCUGACUGACCCCAAGAACCAUGGCCUGAGCGAUGAGCACGUUUUUGAAGUCAUCUGCCCUUCCAUCCCUGGCUAUGGCUUUUCAGAGGCAUCCUCCAAGAAGGGGUUCAACUCGGUGGCCACCGCCAGGAUCUUCUACAAGCUGAUGCUGCGGCUGGGCUUCCAGGAAUUCUACAUUCAAGGAGGGGACUGGGGGGCCCUGAUCUGCACCAAUAUGGCCCAGCUGGUGCCCAGCCACGUGAAAGGCCUGCACUUGAACAUGGCUUUGGUUUUAAGCAACUUCUCUACCCUGACCCUUCUCCUGGGACGGCGUUUCGGGAGGUUUCUUGGCUACACUGAGAGGGAUGUGGAGCUGCUGUACCCUGUCAAGGAGAAGGUCUUCUACAGCCUGAUGAGGGAGAGCGGCUACAUGCACAUCCAGUGCACCAAGCCCGACACCGUGGGCUCUGCUCUGAAUGACUCUCCUGUGGGUCUGGCUGCCUAUAUUCUAGAGAAGUUUUCCACCUGGACCAAUACGGAAUUCCGAUACCUGGAGGAUGGAGGCCUGGAAAGGAAGUUCUCCCUGGAUGACCUGCUGACCAACGUCAUGCUCUACUGGACAACAGCAACCAUCGUCUCCUCCCAGCGCUUCUACAAGGAGAACCUGGGACAGGGCUGGAUGACCCAGAAGCAUGAGCGGAUGAAGGUCUACGUGCCCACUGGCUUCUCUGCCUUCCCUUCUGAGCUAAUGCACACGCCUGAAAAGUGGGUGAGGAUCAAGUACCCGAAGCUCAUCUCCUAUUCCUACAUGGCCCGUGGGGGCCACUUUGCAGCCUUUGAGGAACCGGAGCUGCUCGCCCAGGACAUCCGCAAGUUCCUGUCAGUGCUGGAGCAGCAGUGACCACCCCACACCGCCCCCUGCCUCCCUCCACAAGUGCCCUCCAGGCUUUUCUUUGGGAAGAUACCCCUUUUCUGAGGAAUGAGUUUGCCUCCGUCCCCUGCCCAUGCUGGGAGCCCACACUUACCCCCUCACCCCUCCAAGCUCACUCCCCAAUCCCCAACUCUGUGCGAUAAGCAAUAUGGCCUUGAUGAUAAAUGACUUUACU